CACUCCUCUCAAAUCUUAAGGAUUGAAGAAGAAAAAUAUCAAAAGAAGAAACUUCGAAAAACAGUGAAAAUGGUAAGCCAAAGCCACACGACGACGUUUCUCAUCCUCUUCAUCACCACCUUUCUCUUCAUUUCCCGAUCAAUCUCAGCCGUCCGUUUGCCUCCACUACCAAACACUACAGUAACCAACGAACUAGAUUUCAUCCGGACAAGCUGCAACGCCACGCUAUAUCCAGACGUCUGCUUCACGUCUCUCGCCGGCUACGCCUCCGCCGUUCAAGACAGUCCGGCGAGGUUAGCCAAGCUCGCAAUAGGCGUUUCACUUUCGCAAGCCAAAUCCACGGCGGCUUAUCUAUCCAAACUCUCACGCUCCGCCGCCGUUGUCUCAGCCGCUAAAUACUCCGGUGAUGGUCACCAUACUGCUUCCGCCGUAAUCCGCGACUGCGUUUCUAACGUUGAAGACGCGGUUGACGAGAUGAGAGGAUCUCUCCGACAACUACGCGACAUGAACAGACGUGGCGGAGUCCCAGCGGCUCAGAGGUCGGUGGAAACGUUUAGGUUUCAGAUGAGUAACGUGCAGACGUGGAUGAGUGCAGCAUUGACGGACGAGGACACGUGUACGGAUGGAUUUGAAGAUAUGGACGAAGGAGGAUUGAUUAAGACGACCGUUUGUGACCGGCUCGAGGAAGUCAAGAGGUUGACGAGUAAUGCUCUUGCCCUUGUUAACACUUAUGCCAACAAUGGUGCUCCAUGACCAUGACCGUGUGUAUUUAACUUUUAUUAAGUUUCUGUUUUGAUCAUAUCUAAUACAUUAUGGGUUUAAUUAAGUUAUUAAUAUUAAACAGUACUUUGUGUUGAAGGAAACUUGAAAGUUAAGUGAAAGCUUCUCUAAGCUAAAUAUAUGCUUUGUCUCUAUUAUGUGGAUAUGAUUAUGAUUAGCGAUUUGCUUUUGUUUUAA